GUCUUAGCGGCUGGCCUCUUUCUCCCCGGGGCUCUGCGGAGGGAUGGAGGAGGCUCUGCGGCGGGAGCUGGGCACUUCGGCGCUCCGGCCUACGGGCCACUCGGGGGGCGGCUGCAUUAGCCACGGCGAGAGUUUCCACACCGACCACGAGCGCGUCUUCGUGAAAAGCAACUCCCGCGCAGAGGCAAGGAGAAUGUUUGAUGGAGAAAUGGCAAGUUUAACAGCUAUCCUGCAAACGAAGACAGUGAAAGUUCCUAAACCUAUAAAAGUUAUUGAUCUGCCAGCUGGUGGUACUCUGUUUGUGAUGGAGCAUUUGGAUAUGAGGGGUUUGAACAGACAUGCGGAAAAACUUGGAACACAGUUGGCUGAUCUUCAUCUUCACAAUCAAAAACUUGGGGAGAAGCUGAAGAAAGAUGCAAACACUGUUGGUAAAGGUGAAGAACAAACGGGGGUCCAGUUUGUGGAAAAAUUCGGGUUCCACACUGUUACAUGUUGUGGCUAUCUUCCACAGGUGAAUGACUGGCAACAGGAUUGGGUGACUUUCUUUGCCAGGCAACGAAUUCAACCUCAGAUGGACAUGAUUGAGAAGAACUCUGGAGACAGGGAAGCAAGAGAACUUUGGGCAAAACUCCAGCUGAAGAUGCCCAGUUUGUUUGGCGAUAUGGAAAUAGUUCCUGCUCUUCUACAUGGGGAUCUGUGGGGAGGAAAUGUAGCUGAAGAUGACUCUGGUCCAGUUAUCUUUGACCCUGCAGCUUUCUAUGGUCACUCUGAGUAUGAGUUAGCAAUUGCUGGGAUGUUUGGUGGCUUUAGUGGUUCAUUUUAUUCUGCCUACCACAGCAAAAUCCCCAAAGCACCAGGGUUUGAUAAACGGCUCAAGCUGUACCAGCUAUUUCACUAUAUGAACCAUUGGAAUCAUUUUGGAGGAGGGUACAGAGGUUCAUCUAUCAAUAUAAUGAGGAAUUUGGUCAACUGAAUUCCUACCUGUAGGUUUUAUUUCCCUGUUUUGGAAAAUAUAUACACAUAUACACGCACCAUGGGGUUUCAACUGUGCUAAUGUGUAUAUCCUGUAAUAGAACCUGAGCUUCCACCCUCUUUCCACAGCUAAAGGCCAAGUCAUCCUGUGCCCUGGGUUUGGUGUCCUAUUCUUGCAGUUUAUCAGAGAGUUGCCCAAGGAGGUAACAAACCUUUGAUUUGCGUGAAAGAGGUUUUGCUUUGAGGUGGAAAUUGAUCUAGGGGGAAAUUCCUGCUGUGCAAAUAGUUUGGAAUAAAUUUUUAAUGCCAAAGAGAGGGAGAAAUCCAAGCAGCGCAUUAGAACAAGUAGCAACCUGCUAGCUAUGUUCAUACAUAUACAGUCAAAGGAAAAUUUACAGUCUUAGUCAAUGGAAAGAUUUUUUCUUGUCCUCCUACUUAGCUUUUGGUGACAGAUACCAAAGGAAUAUAGCAGUCGUGUUCUAAAUAGAACUGGAAUUGGAAAUAGAUUUGGAAGCAUAUAUUGAGUCUCUGGGGACUUCAUUCCACGUGGGAAGAUAAAGGGUUCCAGUCUAGGUGGCUUCAAUAGUCCCCCCGUCCCCCGUCCCCAAUUAGUAUUGCAAGUUUGUCUUAGUACAUCUGUAGCAAUUGGACUGAACAGUUUGUAUGGACCACAGUUUAUGGUAACCUGCUUCCAUGCCAUUAAGUUUCAUCUAUCAGCCUCCAGCUAGAGUCCAUUGCUAGCCAGCAUGAUCUUGCCUCCCUGAAUAAUCUGCUGACUUGUAAUGUGCUUCCAGUCCCUGGUGAACUAACUGGUCAUUUAUAGGCAUAUUUGGCUGUCUCAUCAGACUUAGUUUCUUAUGGCAGCUUGCUAGGUAGGCUCUAUGCCUUUUAAUUCAUUCCUUAAGAGUUUCCUAUGCUCCUCCUGAGUAUUGGUAAAAUGAAGUGAAAUGCUUUCUGGCAGAUAGUAAUACAGUGAAAAUGCACUCUCAUUCAAGUGUUUCCCCUUACCCAAUAGUUUGGGAAUGCGACACACAUUUUGAGGAAGGCAUCAUAACACUUAGACUGUUCUCCAUUUUAGGACCACAUUUUUGUGUAGGAUUGCCAACUCCUUUUCCAACAGGGCUCUCAUGAUUUAAGUGUAAAAUGACAGGCAAAGUCUUUCCUCAGUGCAACAUCUUCCUGCUGGGAAAAGUUUGCUUUUUGAUCUUUUACGUGUCCUACAGUUGUUAAGGCACAAGAACCUAGCCAGAAAAAAACUUGGCAACCCUAAUUCUAACCAAAAUGCUGUUGCAGCACAUCCUCCUCAAAGUAAUAUUGCAGUAAAAUUCUGUCUUACGUGAUUCAGUUUCUUCACUAGCCUGGCAGUGACUUACAAGACCAAACAGAUAUUAAAAUAGUUUACUUCUAGCAUUAAUUCUCUGUCCAGGUGGCAGCUGCCCUCAUGUUGGUUGUGUGAUGCAGGGUUAAAUUGGAAAUGGAGGAAGAGGCAUAUGUAAAAGUAGCAUGCAUAAGUUACUUAAUUUUAUUCUAGUAUUCUUGUUUGGUGGUUUGGACUGGUACAUGUUCACUGCAGGUAUUGUCACAGUUCCUUUCUGGUUCAUUGCUGGUACUCAUGCCGAAUACAUGCAACUAGGUUCCCUCUUGUGGCCAUUAUGCAUAUCAGUUUCCUGUUCUCCUUACAUACCGUAAUUAAUUCAGUUACAGCAUUUUGUGAAUUCUGCAAACUGAUCCAGAGCUCCUAGGAUAUGUCUAAUAUUGGGAUUAGGAUGGAAUUAUACAUAUGAACAAACACUAUGCCUAAUAUUACCAGGUGAGAGAGGCAUUAUUCUGAGAAUGCAUGCUCAUGUCAAAUACUGAAUUGGCUUUUACUUAACAUUCCUCUACAGUGUUUCCUGAUAUUUUUGAAUUGGUUUUACACCAA